UGUGCGUUUCCCACCUUGUUCUUUCUGGUCCCUCUUAUUCCUAUUUUUAGCAAAAAAAGUCCCUACCACUAAUAGCUGCUCAAUUGGUAACGAUGGCAGCUUCUCAACUUCAAGCUACUCUCCUAUUUAGUCGUUUAUUCGCUUCCAAAAGCCCACGCUGUAAGGACACUGAGCAAUGUAAGAUUGCUGCGUGUAAAAGCUCAUAUGAAAGGAUGCCAUCCCUAAUUGUCAAAAAGUUGCUAAGAAGGUCAGUUCUGCAAUUUGUUGGAUUGAGUCCCAUCUUCAUAAGUAUUCGUCCUGUCUUAUCCGCACCAGUGCAGGAUAUGAGAGAACCUGAUGUUAUCCGGACCCUAAAGCUUGAUAGUGGAGUGAGGAUACAAGAUAUUGUUGAAGGGGAAGGACCAGAGGCUCAUGAAGGAGAUACCGUUGAAAUUAAUUAUGUCUGCCGACGAUCAAAUGGAUAUUUUGUCCACAGUACGGUGGACCAAUUCAGCGGAGAGAGUGCCCCUGUCAUACUUCCUCUGGAUGAUAAACAGGUCAUGGUUUAUACUAGCUUUCGGCUUAAAAUAGAGAUUUUAAAGAUAAUAGAAGGUCUUAAAGAAGUCUUAACUGGAAUGAAGCCAGGAGGAAAAAGAAGAGCACUGAUACCGCCUUCCGUUGGAUACAUCAAUGAAAACUUACAACCAGUACCUGAAGAGUUUGGACCAAGGCGUAGCCUUAUGUCUCACAUGAAGGAGCCUCUAAUUUUUGAAGUGCAGCUGUUGAAAGUUCUAUGAGUACCAUAUUCAUUAUUAGUGCAUAACUUUCCUGUAAUCUUUGCCAAGAUAUGCCAAGCCGUAUCUGGGUUUCUACCUCCGCCCUUGCAUUUGAGGACACUGAGGAAAGGCAGCCAAUUAGUCCCCAGUGAUGGUUGUUGAGUGGUCGGAAAUAGAACUAUAGGAACAAUCUAGAAAUCUUAGGUUCGAACCCAACUAUAACACUCAGCGUUAGUCCAGCGCAUAUUUAUUCGGUACUUCUAUUUUC